GCGGGACCAACUGCAUCAACUCGGGAGCAGGCUGGAAAUCGCCCAACUCGGAGAUGGUGACGUCAGUUUCCGCCUCGACGAAAAGGACGCCUUGGCCGUUGCAGUCGAUUUCAAACCGGCCCGAUUCGUCCUGGGCCUGGGCCAACCUCCCGGCCACCGGGAAGAAGGUGACCAGGGCCUGGCCCAGGGACUCCUUCAGCACCCUGCAGCUGAAGAAACCGUGAGCAGCCGCGCCGCCGUCAGGGCGACGCCAGCUGUAAGGUUGCAGCAUCGGGACGUGAGCGGUUUUGGCGAAGAACUGGUCCAGGUUCGACAGCCACAGGCGCUGGCUCGGGGUUUGCCCGGCCGGUCGGACCAUGCAGCUUUCCGUCACUGCAACCUUCAUCUUUUUUUUAUCACUUCCGGUCUGGCUCGGGUUGGC